AUGCUCGACUCGCUGAAGAAGCACGCAUUAGUGAUCGUCGUAGCCAUUCUAUUUGCCACGUACCGGCUUUCGCGGCUUGAAAAUGAACGCGGACGGCGUGCAGCAACCAUCGAGCAAAAUUUUGACAAGGUUGUAGGUUUCUUGCAGCAGCAUCUGGACACUAAGUAUCGCGUACUUCGUGUUGCUUCGCCGUCACAUGCAAUCAUCAAAUGGCAUGCAAUGGUGAUCAAUGGCGGAUUUGCCAUUCCGCGCGUGGAGGCCGAGGUGUUCGUGGAUCAACAGUUUGUCCUUGAUCAACGCAAACAAAAUCGAAGAACGGAUCGCCAAUCGCUGCCAUCUGUACGCUUCCGGGUGUACGAUACAGAGGCGAUGACAUUAGUUGCAAAGACGCUUCAACAACACAAUCUCAUUGCAUCGUACGAACUAGGAUAUCAACCAAACUAA